GGGAAGGGAGGGGGUUAUUCAUGCGUCUGCUGCAGCAUCACUCCCAGCAGCCCUCAGUGCGGUGUGGAUCCACCGGCAGCUCCUCUCUCGCUCCCUGGACCAAGCAGACCGUCGGACCCGACCCUCCGUUCUGGAUCAACAACCACACAGACCUCUGCCUGUGGCCCCGAGACAGGAGGACAAAUACAUUUUGGCUUGAUAUUGUUAUUUCACUGCACCAGGCGAGGGAAUGCCUUCGAUAAACAUGAAGCUGGAGAUGGUGACCAUCAUUGCCUGUGAAGUGGACUCUGAGGUGUUCACGUCAGACAAGAUGCAGGAGAGGUUCGAGGCGCUGUUUCGAAUCUAUGAUGAACAGACGACUUUCCAGAUGUUCAAAAGCUUUCGGAGAGUUCGGAUCAACUUCAGCACCCCGGAGGCAGCUGCUCGUGCUCGCAUAGAGCUGCACGAGUCCGAGUUCAACGGGAAGAAGCUCAAGCUCUACUUUGCUCAGUCUGAGCUCAGCUGGUCUGGAUUCUCCUCUCACCUCCUCCAGAUCCAGAACGGUGACGAGGACAUCGACAAGUCCUAUCUGGCCCCUCCACAGCCGGUCAAGCAGUUCCUGAUCUCGCCGCCCGCCUCGCCGCCCGUGGGCUGGAGCCAGAGCGAGGACGCCACGCCCGUCAUCAACUACGACCUGCUGUGUGCCGUGGCCAAGCUGGGACCCGGAGAGAAGUACGAGCUCCACGCCGGGACCGAGUCCACCCCCAGCGUGGUGGUCCACGUGUGCGAGAGCGAGACGGAGGAGGACGAGGCGGCCAGGCCCAAGCAGCAGAUCGUCCAGACCAGACGUCCCGACGGACCCCCCAAGGUCUUCAACUAGAGAGGCCUCCCCCACCCCCCCACGGCGUUGAUACCCGCUCCACACCUGCCCCCCCCUCAGCUCUGCACCCACAGAGAGCAUGAUGCCCCUCAUUUCAGUUCAACUACAAGCAGAACACACAUGGACGUGUUUGAGGGAGUGUGGUCAUGAAUGAGGCGGCUUAAAGGGGAUGGAUGAGAACCUCUCACACACACACACACACACACACACACACACACACACACACACACACACAUCACAUUCUGUGGACAGCGUGGGGAGUGCAUGUGCCCCCACUCCCCUCUGACAGGGGUGAAAUAAUGCCCCUCCCUCCGCAGGCACCUGUCACUCAUCAGUACGCUCAUUGCUCGUCAGUUAGCUUGUUAGCUUGUUAGCUCUCUGUGACGCGCUGUGUGUUUGAGGACACCAGACUCAUGAAAAGAGAGACGCUUCCACUUCUUUUGACAUCCCCCUCAGUUUGCCGUCUGCAUGUAUAUACUGGGACAGACGCCUGUUCACGGCACGGCGCCCAGAAGCUAACGGCGGCUAGCGGCGGCUAGCGGCGGCUAGCGGCGGUCUGCCCCGGCCCGGUCUGGACAGGUGUCUCUGCUCAACUUCCUGGAUGUGUAUUCUUACUGUAUGUUGGAUUCCCCGACGCUUUCUGCAUGCUCACUCUCUGGUGUAGACCAGUUUUUUUUAUCGUUGUUUGUGACAACAGAGAUCUUUUGUGGCGUUUUAACGUAAGUGCAUAUUCCCACACGAAGAGGAGGAGCGGCGACGGCGAGGCGUCUCCAAGGCGCUGCAGUCGUGCUGUGUUGUCACGUGACCAGGCCACUCGCUGUGAGCCUCUGAACCUGCUUGCUUUGCACUGAGGCCUGGAGGCGUGGCCAGGCCCUGCAGCCGGAGCAAACGCUGCUUCUCGCUGUACAUAGCUGAGCUUCAUUUGUGGAAGUCGUAUUUGUAGAUGACGCAGUUUGCGGAGAAAAGGGAAAAUCCAUUAGCCUCAUGAGAUAUCAGUGGUAAACCAACCAAAGCACUUUCUCACCUCACAUUUCCAUCCCAUGAAAUGAUUUUUCUAUCUGACACUCAUGUAUAAAGCCAGCGAAAAGGAGCUUAUUUUCCCAGCACAGCCUCAGAAGCUUGUACUGCAUAUUUUGCUCAUUUUCUAUGAACGUAUGAACUUUUGCUGUUGGGUCUCUGAGGAAGUCUUGAACCUAUCAGCUCAUUAUGCUCAUUUAUUUAAACAUUUCAGAGUUUUUUACGGGGCUUUGAGCUUCAUGUUAGGCAGCAUGCAAUCAGAAAAUACUGUUUUGCUAUCGAAGAAUAUCCGAGCGAGGCUCCAUUCUGUGCAUGUCAGCACUUUGUGUUCUCUUUCCUUCACAGAAAAAAGUCUUGAAAAGACCAAGUGAGAAGCACAUUUCAGUCUUUCUUUGUGGUGUGUGAUUUUCCUGACACCUGUUAGCCUUUUCACCAGCAUCCUGCAGAGAGGGAACUACUCCUCACCUUUCAGGCCUUCUUGACUCAAGGGUUGAAAGAACAUCGUGGCUUCCUGUGUUUGUGUUGAACUUCUCUCCUGGAGACGGGACGCUGCUCCACAGGUGAGGCUGUUACCUGAGCUGACAGCUGAUUGGUGGAGCUGCUGAUGCCAUUAUGUGUUUUUCUUUUUGCUCUCGGUGUCUGAAAAAGGUGCCCUUCUUGGUGGGAGCUGAAAGAUGUAUAUUCUGUAUAUAUGCCAAGUGUUUUUCUGUUGCUGAGGCCAGUCAGUGUGCAGUCUGUGACGGCUUCUCUCGGCAAUGUUGUAAUGAAAAUGUGUAUCAAAUCUUAAAGAUGCUCGAUCAAAACCAACUGUCAGUGCGUUGGACUCUGUUUGAAUGUUUUUUUUUCUUUCUUUCUGGGGAACUUCAGCUGUAACGCUCAAUAAUACAGUUUGUCACUGUUGUACUGUUUCUGUUCAGAUCUGACUAGUGUGUCUCGUAUUGUAGGAAUCCAGAAAACAAA